UGGGAAAACUCCCUACUGAGACCUAGGUCAAGGUCGAAUGCGAUGGAGCCUCGUAUUCGAUUUGUAGACAAAGAUUGAAAAUAAAUCCCCGAAACGUAUUCAAAAACACAUCAAAAUACUCAAUUUUCAAAGAACUAAUUAUGUCUAGAAGAGACUAUGAUGAUUAUAGAAGGGACAGGGGUGGUUAUGAUGAUUACAGACGGGAGAGAAGUAACUCCUAUGAUGACUAUAGACGCGAUAAAGGUGGCCGUGAUGAAUAUCGAGAUCGCCGAGGAGGGGACCGCGAUGCGUACAGGGACAGUGGCAGAGACCGUCGGGACUACCGUGGGGGCCCUGGUGGGGGAAGGGACAGAUAUGGCUCUGGGGGUGGCUACUCCUCUGGUGGUUUCAGAGGUGGAAGAGGAGGUGGUGGUGGUGGUGGUGGCGGUGGAUAUGGCGGAGGAGGAUUCCGCAGAGACGCAUUGGGACCUUUCAAAAGACUACGAAUGCAAAUGGACCCAACAGAACUGCCGGAGGUUUACACAAUUUUCAGAGGCGAGGUGAUCUCUCUUCAACCCUAUGGUGCAUUUAUAAAGAUUCCUGGCUGCCGGAAAGAAGGGUUGUGUCACAUCAGCCAGAUGAGCAUCUCUAAGAUCAACCAUCCAUCAGAAGUGAUCCGAGUUGGCGAGAGAGUCUAUUGUAAAGUUGUAGAUGUUGAUGUACGGAACUGCAAGGUUGGUGUAUCCAUGAAGGUCGUCCAUCAAGGAUCUGGGAAGGACCUGGACCCAGACAAUUCAAAGUUCAAAAUGGACGAAGCUAAUCGUAGACGUGGAUCAAACUACAGUCGAUAUCAACGUAACGACAACGGUGACGAUUAUGAUUCUGGCAGAGGCAGAGAAAAACACACAUCAAGAGGUGGACGUGAACGAGAUGGCAAUGAUAGCCCACUGGCAGAGGGUCGAGUCAUGCGUGGGUCUCCUGACCCGUACUGGGAUAAUGACAGCGACAGGAAGAAGAGGAAGAAAGAAAAGAAGCACCGCCAUGUGGAGCAUUCCAGUGACAGUGAAAAUGAAUACGAUUCAAAGGCCAGAAACCGUGCUCGAAGAAGUCCCUCCGGUAGUGAUCUUGAUGGCGCGGAAUAUCAGGUUGUAGACGAAGCAAAGCAUUUGAAGCGUCGUGCAGCGAGGUCUGAUAGUGAUAGCGAUGAUGAUGUAGAACCGGAUCAACCAGGUGGCUAUGACGACUCUAGGCCAAAGAGAUACCAGGAUAUUCAGGCAUCUGAUUCUGCGAGUGAUGACGACGAAGGGGCAAAGCAGGCGGAUAGUGAAGAAGACAGGAAACCCAAGCAAUAUCGCAGUAAUAAACCUUCAUCGGGCCGGUCCAAGUCGAAGAGGAGUAAAGUGGAAGUGGAUUCAGAUAGCGAUGAGAAUGUGCCGAAACAGUACCGGCAACGCAAUGACUCAAAGUCGAAGCAUAAGAGGAGUCGUGUUGAGGCCACAGAAACUGACAGCGAGGACGAUAAUCCUCCUAAACAGUACAGGAAGACAUCAAAAUCUGGCUCCAAACAUAAGCGGAGUCGUGCUGAUUCUGACAGUUAGAGAGAGGGUGAAUAUGUUCAGGUGAAGAAGCGCCAGUAUCGUCCGAUGACAGAUUCCGACUGAGUGAGGUGUAUCAGAUGCAGCUGAGAAGGAACGGUUUAGGAUCUCUUUAUUAUUCGAUAGUCGUGAUAGUGGGGGAAUGCUUCGUGUGAAAUAUCAGCUGGCUCUUCACAGGACACUCGACUGAAACCACAUUAUGCCCGAAGUACAAUGUAGACAUUCUUGUUUUGUGACUCUAUUGCUUAGGAUGUCUUGGGAAGGAACAAACUUUUAUUUGGUGGCUGAAGACAACAAAAAACUUGGAAUUGGAGCUUGGAUAUGAAUAAAUGCACGCCAAUUUAAUGUAACCACACACAGUGGCCUCCAUUUUUCUAGUGGUUGAUAGCUUUAGGUGUUUCUGGUUAUAAAAUUUUGGGAGGCAAAUGAAACUGUCUUUAAAGGGUUAGUACUGCACAAUAUUGGUUUGAGAACUUUGCUUGGUGCCUUUAAACGGGUGAUUUUGUCUGACAGUUUGCAUUGUUGUAGGUCUCAGUGAUCCAUCUGUUGUGUCACCACCAUGUUUUUAAGAUUCAACUUCGUUUAUUCAACUAGGUUUAUAGAAAAAGAUUGUCCAUGUUUAUAUUCUAGGCUGGUUUCUUCCUAGAUCAUAGAUAUCUUCAUAUUUACAUAUUUUAUACACAAAUACAAAGUGGUCCAUGUAAGACUGGUAGGCCACGGAGUUUCACCCAGCCAGCAUUGUGGCACAGUUUGUUCAGCUCUUCAAAAUGACCACACUAUUUAUCUCAUAUUAAUUCUUGGUUUCUGAACUUCGAAUCAAUCUGAACCUUGAGAUAUUGCAAAAUCUGCCUGCCAAUAUCCUAAAUUCCGUUUGUCAUUAUUCAUCGUUUUGCACUGAUUGUCUUGUUAUUGUAUGAAAACAAAUGUAUUGUCAUGAUACUGCUAUUGAUGUUGAGACUUGUUUUAUGUUUCUUUGAGAGGCCUGGUAGUUCCGUAGAUUAGAGAUGUUCUGAAGGGGUGACAGCGCACUCCCUGCCCUUCAAAAACACAUUUUAAAUUUGGAACGAAUUUUGAAAAGGAAUUCACUAUGAAAAUACAAGGAGUCCUGUGAAUGUGAAAGCAGAUCUUUUACCAUGAGAUAUUUUAUGUACUGAGAAUGGCUGAUCUAAAAACUGGAUGUUGUGAAACGAUGUUCUAAUGUUGUAUACUGUAAACAAGGAAACUUUAGCAAAGUGUAUUGAUUUGAUGAAUUUCUUCGCCAUUUGCCCAAUAAAGAUGUUGAAAUUGGACAUAUUGGUGCGAAGUUUGAUUAGUCAACUCAAAAGGUUCCAGAAAUAUUGGGGUUUACAGUGAUACUGUGCUAUGGUUUUACUCAAAACUUCUCCUAAAUGUUCAUAUCAUUUCUACAUGCUUAUGUUCUCUUUGUCAGAAACGUGCCUCGCCAACAUUUCAUCAUAGGUGUUUCAAGAAAUAACUGCAAUGUUCAGCAUUUGUAUUGUAAACGCGAGAGGGUUUUAUUUUAUCUUGUAAGUUUUGUAGCUGUUUGUAAUAUGUUUUCGCAUAGUCAGCAAAACAAGAACAAAUUGUCAAGGUAAUUUUUUGCAUAAUGGUAUAAUUUCAUCACAGGUGACUUCCACAGACAUUUUGGGGAAAAUCUAUAAGAUUGACACCGAAAACUUUCUUCUUUGUGGUUUGUGAUAAAAACAUGUCCUGAAAGAGGCCUCCAGGGUUCAUGAAAACUGUUCUUGGGAAUCUAAAACUUUUACUUUCAGUGUGGGGGUUGACUUGUAAAUUAUUAUACAUGUUUGGGCAAUAAAUGUAUUGUCUCUUUUAUCAAA